AUGGAGUCUACUCAUGUCAAUUCAGGUGCGACACAUCAUUCACCAAUUAUUGACGAACAAUUCGCAAAGAAUGGAAAUAUACUUGAGGAGCCAAUCCAUUAUGAAGCGAUAGAAUAUACGUCCCCUGGUGGUCGUGAGUAUUUUACACCCAAAUGCGAUGAAAAGUAUAAGCCGCAUGUAGAUAGGGCUUUUCCCACUGUUGAUGCUGCAUAUGAGUUCUACCGAGAAUAUGGACGUUUAUGUGGAUUUGAUGUGCGCAAGAGUUCUGCCAAACAUGCUCCUGAUGGUACACUCAUUCUCAAGUACAUAGAAUGUAGUUGGGCUGGUACGUAUGAUGAAAAUAAGCAAACAACAUUUGAAGUUGUUGCUAAGAAGCCCAUUAAACAUCGGCGGACAAGUUCACGUAGGUGUGAUUGUAAUGCUAUGAUCAAAGUAAAAUAUACCGGUCUCAGUGGUUAUGUUGUAUCAUAUUUCGUUGAGGAUCACAAUCACGCAUUAGCUUCCGCCUCCGGUGUUGAUAAUCACUGGAGCAAUGUGACAUUUGCUGCUGCACUGGUUGAGAAAGAAGAUCAUACCAACAUUAAGUGGGCGUUGGAUGCUUUUACCAAAUGCAUGGAUCAUAUUCCUCCAUGCGUCAUAACAGAUCAAUGCCUUGGAAUAAAUAAGGCCGUUUCGCUCGUUUGGCCUGAAACCAUACAUCGUUAUUGUUGGACGUCUUUUAUUGAUGAAUACGAUUUGGGUGAUAAUGACUGGCUUACUGAUAUGCAUGUCAUCCGUAAAGAAUGGAUCCCUUCUUAUUUUAAUAAUGUUGCAAUGGCUGGCUUGCUUAGAACAACGUCACGUUCAAGGAGCUCAAACUUCUACUUUAAACAUUUUCUUAAGAGUGGGGAUACUUUGCUUGAGUUCUUCUCUAAAUAUAAAAGUGCAAUUGAGAAACAACGUCAUUUAUUUGAAGAUAACAACCAGCUCUCAAUAUCCGUUCCAAUACCAGCCACCGAGUUGAAGAUUGAAAUAGAUGCUGCAAAAAUAUAUACACGUCAACUGUACUACCUAGUCAGGGAAGAAAUAGAAUCGGCGUGGUACCAUACAAGCAUUGAUGAAGUUAGUCUUAUUGAAGGCGUUAAACAAUUUAAAAUAAAAGAUGCAUUAUUAAAGGGAAGAUUGUUUGAGGUUACUGUGAGACUUGCUGAUCACGAUGUGAAUUGCGAGUGCAAAUUCUAUGUCCGGAGAGGUUACUUAUGCAGACAUGCGUUUGCAAGUUUGCAUCAAUGUGGUGUUUCCAAAAUUCCACUAGCUUUUAUUAACACACGUUGA